UUGUUGGAGAAAGAAAGUGUGUUUGAUUUUGAUGCAACUUGUGUGAAGGUAUUCUCUUGUCUUAAAGAGAAGCUCAUUUCGACUUUGACUAUUGUGGCUCCAUAUUGGAGUCUUCAAUUUAGACUCGUGUGUGAUGAUAGCAGGUUGGCUCUAGGUGUUGUUCUUGGCCAAAGGAAAAACAAACUAUUUUACCUGGAUUACUAUGCUAGCAACACAUUGAAUGGGCCCAAAGAAAUUACAAAACAAGAAUUAUUUGUUGUUGUUUAUGCAUUCGAGAAGUUCAUGGCCUAUCUUCUAGGUACCAAAGUGGUCGUGCACACAGACCAUGCUACAAUUAGGCAUCUAAUGGCCAAGAAAGAAGCGAAACAGAGAUUGAUCUUAUGGGUACUACUAUACCAAGAGUUCAACUUUGAGGUCAAGGACCAGAAAGGCUCUAAAAAUUAA